AUGAACAUUCACGGGCGUGAUGACAACAACCCCCUCAAGUAUGCGCUACAAAGCUAUAGCUUCAUUGACUGGUUUGCUCAGAAUCUGCAUGACAUUGUGGUUGACAUUGGCUGGACUGCAAAUGUUUAUUGGCCAUCCUUGCCAGAAGAGCUCAAGAGGAGCACAAUGCUGUUUUGUUAUGCACCAAUGCAGGAGCUUUUGCGUCCUGGCUACAAGACACUGCAUUUUGACAGGUACUGCUCCUCCUUUGCGGUGGUGGUGGACGUGCUCUUCCUAGGGCGGAUGUCAGGAGAGACUCCAGGGUUGCCAAGGUUCAGUUUUACCCCAAAGAUAUGGUAUUGA